AUGUCUGACAACAACUCUUCCACUCUGGGUUCCUACGUCAACCAGGCCACUGGCAUGGCCCAGCGCGCCUUUGGAGCAGUCACUGGCGACUCCUCCACUCAGGCCAAGGGCGAAAUCUCUCAGACCGAAGGCGAAAUCCAAAACGAAAACUCCCACACCACUGCUAAACUGGGCAACCUGACUGCGGACCCCAACACCGGCGCUGUCGCCAAGGACAACAGCAAGCGCGCCGACGGCUCCUGGGACCAGACCAUCGGCUCAGCCAAGGAAGCCAUCGGCAACGCGAUCGGCAACGAGAACCUGCGCCAGACUGGCGCCCAGCAGAACGCCGCGGGCAAGGAGCAGGAGGCUAAGGGACAGCUGAAGGAUUGGGGUGAGGGUAUCCAGGACCGUGCUCAGGGUCACCUUGGUGCGGUUGGUGCUGCUAUCACUGGUGAUCGUGAGGAGCAGAAGAAGUUUGAGGAUAUACAUGAUGAGGGCAAGGUGCGCCAGCGUGGUGCUGAGGCCGAUAUGGCUAAGCACCAGGGUGUUUAA